CUGCGAUGAACAUCAGCUCUGAAUUGAAUGCAAACUUAGCGUAAUUGUUAGAUUCGUAUCUCUGUGUAAAGCUUAAGUAGUACUAGUCAGAGAUAGGCAGUAUUUCUGUUGCAUGUAUUUGACAUACAUAUUUCAAUUACAUUUGUGUAUUACAGUGGGGCAAAAAAGUAUUUAGUCAGCCACCAAUUGUGCAAGUUCUCCCACUUAAAAAGAUGAGAGGAAUGUAAUUUUCAUCAUAGGUACACUUGAACUAUGACAGACAAAAUGAGAAAAAAAAAUCCCGAAAAUCACAUUGUAGGAUUUUUAAUGAAUUUAUUUGCAAAUUAUGGUGGAAAAUAAGUAUUUGGUCAAUAACAAAAGUUUAUCACAAUACUUUGUUAUAUACCCUUUGUUGCCAAUGACAGAGGUCAAACGUUUUCUGUAAGUCUUUACAAGGUUUUCACACACUUGCUGGUAUUUUGGCCCAUUUCUCCAUGCAGAUCUCCUCUAGAGCAGUGAUGUUUUGGGGCUGUUGCUGGCCAACACAGACUUUCAAAUCCCUCCAAAGAUUUUCUAUGGGGUUGAGACCAGGAGACUGGCUAGGCCACUCCAGGACCUUGAAAUGCUUCUUAUGAAGCCACUCCUUCGUUGCCCGGGCGGUGUGUUUGGGAUCAUUGUCAUGCUGAAAGACCCAGCCACUCUCAGGAUUUUGCCAGGGUUGUUCCGGUUUUGGUCACUAGAUGCCCCCAUUGUGCUUUUUGACCCUUUUGUUUUCCCCUUGUUCCCAGUUAUUAUUCGCACCUGUGCCUCGUUUCCCUUGAUUGUAUUUAAACCCUUAGUUUUCCUCAGUUCUUUGCUCUGUGUUUGAAUGUUAGCACCCAGCCCAGUGAUGCUGUGAACAUUUGUUUCUCCAGUUGGAUGCUCUUGUGGUACUCUGUUUUUGGUUAUUUAUUUUUGAUUGGCUUUUGAGGCUUUUUUCUGCUGUACCUACCACCUUGUGGAUUUACCUUUUUGACUUGGAGGAUUACCUUUUGUUCUCUUGGAAUUACAUUUGAUGUUGUGGAUUUUUAUUUUUGCCUGAACUUUCAUUUUACUUUAUUAAAACACCGUCUCAAGUACUGCUGUGUCUGCCUCUUCUUCUGGGUUCUGCCGACUAUUCGUGGCUCAGUUUGCUAAGUGACUCUUUCUCACACCGGAGACCUGGGUUCGUAACCGGGUCCUGACAGCCAUGUUUCAUCUUCAAUGCCCUUGCUGAUGGAAGGAGGUUUUCACUCAAAGUCUCACGAUACAUGGUCCCAUUCAUUCUUUCCUUUACACGGAUCAGUCGUCCUGGUCACUUUGCAGAAAAACAGCCCCAAAGCAUGAUGUUUCCACCCCCAUGCUUCACAUUAGGUAUGGUGUUCUUUGGAUGCAACUCAGCAUUCUUUGUCCUCCAAACACGACGAGUUGAGUUUUUACCAAAAGUUAUAUUUUGGUUUCAUCUGACCAUAUGACAUUCUCCCAAUCUUCUUCUGGAUCAUCCAAAUGCUUUAGCAAACUUCAGACGGGCCUGGACAUGUACUGGCUUAAGCAGGGGGACAAGUAUGGCACUGCAGGAUUUGAGUCCCUGUCGGCGUAGUGUGUUACUGAUGGUAGGCUUUGUUACUUUGGUCCCAGCUCUCUGCAGGUCAUUCACUAGAUUCCCCCCGUGUGUUUCUGGGAUUUUUGCUCACCGCUCUUGUGAUCAUUUUGACCCCACAGGGUGAGAUCUUGCGUGGAGCCCCAGAUCGAGGGAGAUUAUCAGUGGUCUUGUAUGUCUUUCAUUUCCUAAUAAUUGCUCCCACAGUUGAUUUCUUCAAACCAAGCUGCUUACCUAUUGCAGAUUCAGUCUUCCCAGCCUGGUGCAGGUCUACAAUUUUGUUUCUGGUGUCCUUUGACAGCUCUUUGGUCUUGGCCAUAGUGGAGUUUGGAGUGUGACUGUUUGAGGUUGUGGACAGGUCUUUUAUACUGAUAACAAGUUCAAACAGGUGCCAUUAAUACAGGUAACGAGUGGAGGACAGAGGAGACUCUUAAAUAAGAAGUUACAGGUCUGUGAGAGCCAGAAAUCUUGCUUGUUUGUAGGUGACCAAAUACUUAUUUUCCACCAUAAUUUGAAAAUAAAUUCAUAAAAAAUCCUACAAUGUGGUUUUCUGGAAAAAGAAAUCUCAUUUUGUCUGUCAUAGUUGAAGUGUACCUAUGAUGAAAAUUACGGGCCUCUCUCAUCUUUUUAAGUUGGAGAACUUGCACAAUUGGUGGCUGACUAAAUACUUUUUUUGCCCCACUGUAAAUACAUUUUUAUUUGUAACAAGAUACUUCAGAGAAUGGUAUUUUGUAUUUUCAAAAUAAUAAAAAUACAUUUUUUUCCCAAAAAAUGUAUAGCGGUUCACAGUUUUGUGUCCCAAUAUCACCCCAAAUUUGCUGCAUUGGUAUCAGAAGUCUUAUGGUGUGAGACCAUGGGAGCUGUUGUUGGAUCAGUGGAAGAACUUGAAAGAAAGUUGAAGCACAAGUAUUCACUUUAAGUAUGAGGUUAUUGCAGUGAAUUUGGUCCAAAAGGGGAUAGUAAACUUGACUUUGAAAGGGAACAAACACACUAUGUUAUUGCCACACUGUCACUGCACUCACUCUCAUUCAGGAAGUGGAUCCUGUGCCUCGACUUUCUUUCACACACCUUUUCACCUCCUCCAGCACAUCUGAUUACGUCACGCUCACAAUAUUUGAGGUAACGGGGCCACAAAGUCCCGAAGACAAACAUAUAAACUAUAAAGAUAAUUUGGAAAAAUCCAAAUAACUUCACAGAUCUUCAUUGUAAAGGGUUUAAACACUGUUUCUCAUGCUUGUUCAAUGACCCAUAAACAAUUAAUGAACAUGCACUUGUGGAACGGCCGUUAAGACACUAACAGCUUACAGACGGUAUGCAAUUAAGGUCACAGUUAUGAAACUUAGGACACUAAAGAGGCCUUUCUACUGACUCUGAAAAACACCAGAAGAAAGAUGCCCAGGGUCCCUGCUCAUCUGCGUGAACGUGCCUUAGGCAUGCUGCAAGGAGGCAUGAGGACGGCAGAUAUGGCCAGGGCAAUAAAUGACAAUGUCCGUACUGUGAGACGCUUAAGACAGCGCUAGAGAGAGACAGGACGGACAGUUGAUCGUCCUCGCAGUGGCAGAUCAUGUGUAACAACACCUGCGCAGGAUCGGUACAUCCGAACAUCACACCUGCGGGACAGGUACAGGAUGGCAACAACAACUGCCGAGUUACACCAGGAACGCACAAUCUCUCCGUCGUUGCUGAGACUGUCCGCAAUGGGCUGAGAGAGGCUGGACUGAGGGCUUGUAGGCCUGUUGUAAAGGCAGGUCCUCACCAAACAUCACCGGCAACAACAUCACCUAUGGGCACAAACCCACUGUCGCUGGACCAGACAGGACUGGCAAAAAGUGCUCUUCACUGACGAGUCGUGGUUUUGUCUCACCAGGGGUGAUGGUCGGAUUUAGAGUUUACCGUCGAAGGAAUGAGGGUUACGCCGAGGCCUGUACUCUGGAGCGGGAUCGAUUUGGAGGUGCGCUGCCGUUUGCCUCCUGCAUCUGCAAUUGGGUUUCGCCUUGUGCCCUUAUAGCACUCAGAGGCCUUUUAGGGUGAGGAGACUAUAGCUUCAUCCUGUGUGAAUUGUAGAGCACAGAAACUCAUCACAGGCUUCUAUAGGAAGUGGGAGAGGAAACCCUUCUCUUUACCAACCACUAACUCAGAACACAUGUUUGAUCUGCCCUCUUCUCCUUUUUCUGAAACACUAGUAGGUCUUAUGCAAGUCUAAUGUAAUGUCUAGCUAGCUAUAUGAUUGCCUAUGAAACUGUUGUGCUCCGUGUUAUAUUUCUGGGUAUGCACGACAUGCAUCUACGUGAGCUUGCAUAGCUCAGUAUGAACAUUUUUGCAACUGCUUAUGAAUGCACUGCAGCUUUUGUGCCGAAAUACCACGUUGCGUCGUGUGUGCGGUGUUUUGUGCAUGAAAGGGAAAAAGAGGGCGAGAGAGAGCAAAGAGUGAUUUCAUAUACUGUAUAAUGUUGUAUCUGGGUCAAGCUGUAUGUGCAUUUAAUACAGACAAUAAAUCAUGGUGCUGAAAUCACUGUGCUGAACUGCUCAAAUAACUAUCCAAGUGAAUCUGGUUAAAGUGAAGUUUUUGAUUUUUGACAGACUGCAUUACCCCGUGGCUGCUUGUCAUAUGACAUCACUCUGAGAGGACAAAGGCAGCUGCAUGGCCUGAAGUAAAAAAACAGAUCUGCAGGAUCUCAGCCAGUUUAGUCACUUUUGUUUUAUUACCUACGCCUAGGAAAGGAGGGGGGAGUGGGAGAGAAGGACAUUUAGAAGGAAGAAUCAAGGUGGGGUUUGAGAGUUGGAGAAUACAAUCUCAUUGGAUUAAGAGUUCGGACAAGGGUAGGAAAGAGAGAUAAAGUGAGGAAAAGAGGGAGGAGUUGGUGAGAGAGGAAGAUUAGGCUCUGAAGAGCUUCAGUGUGUUUGUGUUCAGACAGCACAGGAAGUGGAGUGAGUGUUGGAGACGCAACCCGUUGCGUCUAAACUAUUUCACUGCCUUAUUUUUCCUCUUCUAAAUCUUCAAUCUCUGUGAGUUAUUUUGUUUUUUGCUAAGCGUGCGUGAAAACUCCUUGUCGACACCAUGGAUAACUUCCAGACCGUCCUGCGCUUUUUCAUGAACCAGAAGGCCACCAUUGGCUACAGCUUCAUGGCCCUCCUGACCAUCGGGGGAGAGCGGAUCUUCUCCAUGGUCUCCUUCCAGUGCCCCUGCAACCACGACCAGAACUUUACAUAUGGCCUGACCUUCCUGUUGGGCCCAGGCCUGGUGCUUCUGGUGCUGGGUCUUUUCUUCAGCAGCAGGCUGUGGCGCCUCUACAGUGGCUGUUGCCUCAACCCUGUUAAGCUCUGCCCCGGUGGCAACUGUUUCACCUGCCUCAAGGUGUCUGUCAAAAUCUUCUUCGGUGCCUGUGUGGCCCCUAUCAUGUGGCUGUGUGUGGCACUGUUGAACGGGACCUUCUACGAGUGUGCCGUCAGCGGGCUGGAUAAUAACCUGGUGCUGGAUAUGUUCUGUAAGAACAGGACUUUGAUGUGCCGGGAGGAGCUGGCCCGUGUGCCCUGCAGCAAAUCCAAGCUGCCCAGUGACUUGAACAUGGAACUGUUGCUUAUGUUCCGGGCUCAGUCACAGGUACUGGGCUGGUGUAUCAUCACCAUUUCAGCCGUUCUAGGGCUCCUCGGGACCUGCUACACCAACUGCCGCUCGAAGGUGAGCUACCUGCAGCUCACCUUCUGGAAGCACUACGUAGAAAAGGAGAAGGAGCAGUUCGACACAUUCUCUAUGGAGUACGCAUCCAAGCUGGCCGAGAGGAACCUGAAGAGCUUUUUUGAGAACCGUGAACCGGAAAUAUUCCCUUUCCCCAACCACAAGGACUGGGAGGAGAUCUCAGGCCUUUACACCUUCUCCAAGAGUGAGCAGUACUAUAGCACCCUGCAGAGGUAUGUGGAGCGUGAUGACCAGAGACUACUGCCCUGACAAAAGACCAGUCAUGGAGCUGGACCACGGCACAGAGAGAGCGGUGGAUAAUGGCAUAUAAAUGCAUAUCCAUAUUUCACGAACACUAGAUUGGGACAUUGUUUGACACUUUUUCUAUUGACAGUGUAUGAAUGAUAGUAUAUCCUAUUUGUUUUACCUUUUAUAAAUGACAUGCAGUAUAUACUAUUGGUUUAACUCACAGACUGAGGAGAGGCGCUGUUUCCUGCAUUUCCCCCAAAGCACUGACAUCUACACAGAACACCAUUCAGAAGGUGACACGGCAGUGAUUACCAAAGAAUGCAGCCAUUGCAGAAGUGGUGAAACAGCAGGGCUUCUUGUCUGAUUUGAAAAAGUCUCCUCUGCCUCUCUUUGACAUGCCUUUGAGGCAUUUCAUUCACUUUACUGGUCGAUAAUGGUAGGAGAGAUAUUGUAGUUGUUUAGUUUUAAUAUGGAAUUUUGAAUGUAAUAUUACACCACGAUAGAGUUGUAACAUGCAAUUUGCUUGAAAUGUUUACACAACUCAAUGCGUAUAGAAUUUUGUCAACUUGAGCACAACCUUAAAGUGUCUUUCUAUGAUGGUACAAGUGAAGCAGCUCACUUUAUGUUGCAUGGUAAUUUGAUAACUAGUCUUGUCCAAGCAAUACGUUUUGGUCUGCCAUUACUGCCUUCCUGUUCAGCUAUUAAUGUCAAUAGUAGUCAGUAACUCACAAAUGAAGAGGUAAUAAAUCAUGUAUGACAUCUUCUACAAAAGAUUUAGUGGCCCCUGUUUUGUGGCCCCUCCUCUCCUUUCUAACAUCUGUAAAACCAUGUAAUGUGUAAGCGCUAAAUUAACCUGUACAUAGAACCUUAUUUGUACAUGUUGCAUUAUGCCUGAUUAAACCAUUUCAGGGUGGUGAGUUUGUGUGUAAAACCUGUCCACGUUCCACCGUGUUUGACUAAGGGGAGAAUGCAGCCAUAUCGGUGUAGUUGCAGUGCCUUCAGAAAGUAUUCAUACCCCUUGACUUGUUCCACGUGUUGUUGUGUUAAAACAUUUGUUAAACAUAUUGUUUCUCACCUGUCUACACACAAUACCCCAAAAUGACGUGUUUUUAUGCAUUUUUGCAAAUGUAUUGAAAAUGUAAUAUAGAAAUAUUCAAAUUGUCAUAAGUAUUCAUACCCCUGAGUCAAGACUUUGUAGAAGCACCUUUGGCAGCGAUUACAGCUGUGACUUUAUCUGGGCAAGUCUCGAAAGUACCCACCUGGAUUGUGCAUCAUUUGCCCAUUAUUUUCAAAAUUCUUCAAGCUGGUUGUUGAUCAUUGCUAGACAACAAUUUUCAGAUCUUGCCAUAGAUUUUGAAGUAGAUUUAGGUCAAAACUGUAACUUGGCCGCUCAGGAACAUUCACUGUCUUCUUGGCAAGCAAGUGUAGAUUUGGCCUUGUGUUUUAGGUUAUUGUCUUGCUGAAAGGUGAAUUAAUCUGCCAGUAUCUGGUGGAAAGCAGACUGAACCAGGUUUUCUUCUAGGAUUUUGCCUGUGCUUAACUCCAUUCUGUUUUAGUUUUUAUCCUGAAAAACUCCCUAGUCGUUAAUGAUUACAAGCAUUAACCAUAACAUGAUGCAGCCACCACUAUGCUUGAAUAUAUGAAGUGGUACUCAGUAAUGUGUUGUAUUGGAUUUUCCCCAAAGAUAAUACUUUGUACUCAGGACGAAGUGAAUUUGCUUUGCAACAUUUAUUUGCAGUAUUACGUUAGUGCCUUGUUGUAGACAGGAUGCAUGUUUGGAAUAAUUAUAUUCUGUAGAAGCUUCCUUCUUUUUACUCUGUCACUUAGGCUAGUAUUGUGGAGUAAAUACAAUGUUGUUUAUACAUCCUCAGUUUUAUCUUAUCACAGCUACAGUGACUGGGUGUAUUUAUACACCAUACAAAGUGUAAUUAACAACUUCACCAUGCUCAAAGGGAUAUUUGUCAUUUUUCGGUACCCAUCUAUCAAUAGGUGCCCUUCUUUGCGAGGCAUUGGAAAACCUCCUUGGUGUUUGUGGUUGUAUCUGUGUUUGAAAUUCACUGCUCAACUGAGGGACCUUACAGAUAAUUGUGUUUCUGGGGAACAGAAAUGAGGAAGUCAUUCAAAAGUAUUGUUAAACUCUUAUUGCACACAGAGUGAGUCCAUGCAACUUGUUUAAGUACAUUUUCACUCCUGAACUUAUUUAUGCUUUCCAUAACAAAGUGGUUGAAUAUUUAUUGACUCGAAGACAUUUCAGCUUUUCAUUUUGAAUUGAUUUGUAAAAAAUUGAAUAAAAACAUUAUUCCGCUUUGA